ACGCCCCGGGCUGAGCUGAGCUGAGCUGGAGAGCGCGAGGCAAUUGGCCGCCGCCGUUCCCGGCCGCGCCGGCUUGCCUGGAGUUCGGCUUGGUUUCUGGAACCGCGUCGCCUGCGGCAAGCUCGGUCUUUCAAUUGCUGGAGAACGUACUGAACAGGUGGAGGGAUGUUGUCGUCUUUAACCCACAGCGUCUCAAUCUUUGCCAAAUAAUGCACCCCCCCUUCACGCAACUACCGUCCAAUAAGAGUGUCCUGGAAAACUUGACAGCAUCAAUGAAAGGGCUGACUCCCUCUCUCAACUGCAGACUGUUUGUAACAUAGCUAAGAAAGAUGCAGACUAUAGCUGAAAAUGGAGAUCCCUCUUCUGGAAAACAAAAUGAGGAGAAAACAUAUAAAAAGACUGCAUCCUCAGCUAUCAAAGGUGCCAUACAACUGGGAAUAGGAUACACAGUGGGUAACCUUACAUCUAAACCAGACAGAGAUGUACUUAUGCAAGAUUUCUAUGUAGUCGAAAGUGUAUUUCUUCCCAGUGAAGGAAGCAAUCUGACUCCUGCUCAUCAUUAUCCAGACUUUAGAUUUAAGACCUAUGCUCCUCUAGCUUUCCGUUACUUCAGAGAACUUUUUGGUAUUAAGCCUGAUGACUACUUGUAUUCAAUUUGCAGUGAACCGCUAAUAGAAUUAUCCAAUCCUGGUGCCAGUGGAUCCUUGUUCUUUGUCACUAGUGAUGAUGAAUUCAUAAUCAAAACGGUUCAACACAAAGAAGCAGAAUUCCUUCAGAAGCUGUUGCCUGGCUACUACAUGAAUCUCAACCAGAACCCAAGGACGCUGCUACCCAAAUUUUAUGGCCUCUAUUGUGUUCAGUCGGGGGGUAUUAAUAUCAGGAUAGUUGUGAUGAACAAUGUUCUGCCUCGAGCACUGAAAAUGCAUUACAACUACGACUUGAAAGGCUCUACGUACAAAAGAAGAGCAUCCAGAAAAGAACGAGAGAAGUCUAACCCCACAUUUAAAGACUUGGAUUUUUUACAAGAUUUGCACGAAGGAUUAUACUUUGACUCAGAAACCUAUAGCGCACUGAUGAAAACACUACAAAGGGAUUGUCGAGUGCUGGAAAGCUUUAAAAUCAUGGAUUAUAGUUUGCUGCUUGGAAUUCACAUCUUGGACAGUGCAGCAAAAGAGAGAGAAGGCGAGUUUUCUCAAAACAUGUCUGAUUCUAAACGCCCAGGAGGACAAAGAGUGCUUUAUUCCACUGCUAUGGAGUCAAUUCAAGGUCCAGGAAAAUCAGUGGAUUGUGUCAUCACAGAAAAUACCAAUACAAUGGGAGGCAUUCCAGCUAAAAGCUACAGAGGAGAAAAACUGCUGCUAUUUAUGGGCAUUAUUGAUAUUUUGCAGUCUUACAGGUUAAUAAAGAAGUUGGAGCAUUCUUGGAAAGCACUCGUUUAUGAUGGAGACACAGUUUCAGUCCAUCGACCAAGUUUUUAUGCUGACAGAUUUUUAAAGUUUAUGAGUACCAGAGUAUUCAAAAAAAAUCAGACUUUGAAGUCUUCUCCUUCCAAGAAACGAUGCAAUUCCAUUGCUGCUCUGAAAGCUACAUCACAAGAAUUUAUGUCAGUAGUUAGCCAAGACUGGAAAGAUGAAAAGCAUGAUUUACUCACGGAAGGACAAAGUUACUGUAGUCUUGAUGAAGAAGUAUUAGCCUCCCGACAUCAUCCAGAUUUAGUGCCAAGCACAGCAUCUCUGUUUGAAGCAGCUUCUUUAGCGACCACGAUUUCUUCUUCUUCUCUCUAUUUAGAUGACCAUUAUCAACAUGAUGGAACUAGGUUUUAUUCUAACAGUAAAGGAUUGCCUUCAAGUUCAACAUUCACUUUAGAAGACAGUGCGAUCUGCUUGACUUCAGAACAGAGCACGGUGGAAACUGAGACUGAUAAUGCUUCUGUCCUGGAUGUAUAUUUAUAACAGAACAUGAAAGAAAAUGAGUAUAUUUUAACAAAAGCACUUUCUGCACUCCAGAUUUAUGAGGAAAAUUUUGCUACGCCUGGUAAACAAAAUCCUGAUCAACAGAGCUCUCUAGAAAUCAUCAGGCAGUUCUUGAACUAUAGACAUAAAACCCUAGGCUCAGCAGAUGAAAUGGGAAACAUUCCACAAUUUAUUAUGGCGUGCUGUUGCCUGCUGAGCUGUGAAGCCUUGCAUAUUCCAUCCUUUUAGCUGCUGCUUCGACUUUUCCUAUUGUCUUUUCAGGACUCGAAGGUGAUAUUUUCAUUUGCAUGUAUUCAGUGAUCAAGGACAAAAAUAUCUAAUCUGCCUUUCCUAUUUAAAGAGCCAUCUUCACAGUGGUGAUUAUUCUAUAAAUCAAUUCUGCUUUUCUCCCCUUCCCCCAGAAUUAUGAUUGCUCAUCUGUUAAUUUCAUACAAGAGUUAGUAUGUCUGCACAUAACUUUAUGGAAACUAUCUUCUAUAAAGAAAUUUUCACUGUUUAUUAGUGAAUAAAAAAGCUAUUUAUAACAAAGCCUUAUGUUGUGUACAUAUAUUGUCUUUGAAAUAUUUGUGAUUAGAUAUAUUGCUUGUAAAGGAUAAAUUACAUAAUUUAUUUAGUAUAUUCUACUGUAAACUAUAGUUUU